GCACGCCAUCACCAUAUGACCCGAGUUGGGAGACUAAAGGCUCUUCAUUCCUCAUCUAGUCGUUGCUCAGCCAUCGUCCGCCAACAAAUUUUUUUCGAAAGCGUCAAAGAUUUUCCAAAACGACAUUCACAUCGUAAAAACAAAAAAUUCCAUCAGCCAUGAAGUCAGUCAUUGCCAAUUUCCUGUUUGUCCUGGUCGCCGUUGUGGCCUGCGCCCGUUCGGCCGCCGCCGCCAAAUGCUCCGACCACCUUCUCUCCAUGAAGGCCGACGAUUUCAGCGAAGAAGAUGGCGGCAAAUACGAUCACACGGCUUGCUCGGCUUCCUUCAGCAACUUCUACAAGUACACACCGCAAUUCCAAGGAUUGAUCACCGAACACAUUUCCCAGAGCUUCAUCUAUUCCAUCAUGUCGAGCCACUUUGAGACCGACUUCGAGAACCGAUUGGGAUUCAGCAAGUACUUGGACGGUCUGUCCGAUAACAUGUGGCAGCAGGCCAUCAGCUUGAUCAAGUACGCCGGCAAGCGAGGAACGGGCGUGGCUCCCAUCGAGUCCAGCUCCGGCCUCUCCAUCAAAAACCUGAACACUGGCAUCAAACCCUGGACCGAAGUGGAAGCUCUGGCGCUGGCCCUCGACCAUCACCAAAUGCUGGCCCUCAAAGUGCACCAACUGCACGGGUCCGUCAAGGACGCCGCCUUUGGCGAUUUCUUGGAAAACCAGUUCGUAUCGGAACACGUCAGCCGGAUCCGAGAGUUGUCUGGGCAUCUCACCAACCUGGUGCCCAUGGUCCAAGAGGAAGUCAGCAAAGAUUUGGCUCUUUACCUAUUCGAUCAGUCGCUCGCUUAAGUUGCGGGUCUACAGAAAGACGUAAAAAUGAAGAAAAACAUAUAACCCUUCCAACUUUCUUCCUUCCAGCAAACUUGUGUUCAACCAUCAAUAUAUAACACCAGCCAGCCAGCCAAACUUUUACACUCUAUCCUUUUUUGUUGCUUAUUAUAACCGUAUAUGUAUAGUACACACCGGUGUUGUGUGUCGUAUAUAUACUUUCUACCUUUUCCUAUAGUGUCUCCAGUAGCCCUAUAAUCAGACGUAUACACAUCUAUAUGUCACAGUUCGUUUAAUUGGCUUUUGAAACAAAUGUUGGGGGGGAAAAUAAACUUUCAUGUGUAGAACAA